AUGCGCUCUACGUCAUUUAUAAUUGCUUUACUUAUGAUUAUAACAUUAGUUCAAGGAAAACCAACGCAAGUACCAUCAUCAAACAAUAUCAAAGAUUAUAUUAAACAUUUACUCAGUUUAACUGGAAUUGAAAAUGAAUAUGAGCGAUUUUUAUCAUUUUUAAAAAUUUAUCCACCUACCGAUAAUGCUAAAAUGAGAGCACUGUAUGAUGAAUUGUUUUCGACUAAUGCUUAUGUUUCGGAUCGUAUUCGAUUAUAUACAAAAUAUUAUACAUUAGAUGAAAUUAUGGAGCUUAUCGCUUUUUAUUCAAGUCCAUUGGGCAAAAAAUCACUUCAAACUGCUAAUGAAAUCAAUCGACAAAUAGAAGAUAUAAUGUUAACUAAAAUUAGUGAUUAUAUUUUUACGUCUGCCGAACAUGGUUAUAAUAUUCCACUCACUGAGUUUUAA